AGGUCUCGCGAGAGCGCGGGGCGGGAGCGACGCGGAGCGGCCGCGGUUCGGGAGCCGGAUCGCGACAGGGCCUGGGAAUCGCGACAGGGCCCGGCAGCGGCACCGGCAUCAGGAUCGGGAUCACGACAGGCGGGGGCGGCUCCGGGAGCGGCACCGGGAGCGGCACAGGCGCCGGCGGAGCGAGGCCAGGCCAGGCCGCGGUGUAGAGCGGAGCGGAGCCCGCAGACCCUCCGGAAGCCCCCCCGUGCCCCCCAGACCCCCAGCCAUGUCGGACAGCGAGGACAGCAACUUCUCGGAGGACGAGAGCGAACGCAGCAGCGACGACGGCGACGACAACGAGGCCGAGGAGCAGCGCGGGGGGGGCAGCGGGAAGGAGGAGGCGGAGGAGGAGGAGGAGGAAGAAGAGGAGGAGGAGGAGGAGGAGUACGAUGAGGAGGAGGAGGAGGAGGAAGACGACGAUCGCCCAGCCAAGAAACCGCGCCACGGGGGCUUCAUCCUGGAUGAGGCUGAUGUGGAUGAUGAGUACGAGGAUGAAGAUCAGUGGGAGGAUGGGGCCGAGGACAUCCUGGAGAAAGAGGAGAUCGAAGCUUCCAACAUUGACAACGUGGUGCUGGACGAAGAUCGCUCGGGAGCACGGCGGCUCCAGAACCUCUGGAGGGACCAGCGGGAGGAGGAGCUGGGCGAGUACUACAUGAAGAAAUACGCCAAGUCCUCGGUGGGGGAGACAGUUUACGGUGGCUCCGAUGAGCUCUCGGAUGACAUCACCCAGCAGCAGCUGCUGCCCGGCGUCAAGGACCCCAAUCUCUGGACGGUCAAGUGCAAGAUCGGGGAGGAGCGUGCCACGGCCGUCGCCCUCAUGCGCAAGUUCAUCGCCUACCAGUACACGGAGACGCCACUGCAGAUCAAGGCCGUGGUGGCCCCGGAGCACGUGCGUGGCUACCUGUACGUCGAGGCCUACAAGCAGACCCACGUCAAGCAGGCCAUUGAGGGGGUGGGCAACCUGCGCCUGGGCUACUGGAACCAGCAGAUGGUGCCCAUCAAGGAGAUGACCGACGUGCUCAAGGUGGUCAAGGAGGUCACCAACCUCAAGCCCAAGGCCUGGGUGCGCCUCAAGAGGGGCAUCUACAAGGACGACAUCGCCCAGGUGGAUUACGUGGAGCCCAGCCAGAACCAGAUCUCUCUCAAAAUGAUCCCCAGGAUUGACUUCGAUCGGAUCAAAGCCCGGAUGAGCCUGAAGGACUGGUUCGCCAAGCGCAAGAAGUUCAAGCGGCCGCCCCAGCGCCUCUUCGACGCCGAGAAGAUCCGGUCCCUGGGUGGGGACGUGGCCUCAGAUGGCGACUUCCUGAUCUUCGAGGGCAACCGUUACAGCCGGAAGGGCUUCCUAUUCAAGAGCUUCGCCAUGUCGGCCGUGAUCACCGAGGGGGUCAAACCCACCUUGUCCGAGCUGGAGAAGUUCGAGGACCAGCCCGAGGGCAUCGACCUGGAGGUGGUGACCGAGAGCACCGGAAAAGAGCGGGAACACAACUUCCAGCCGGGGGACAACGUGGAGGUGUGCGAGGGUGAGCUCAUCAACCUGCAGGGCAAAAUCCUCAGCGUGGAUGGCAACAAGAUCACCAUCAUGCCCAAGCACGAGGACCUCAAGGAUAUGCUGGAGUUCCCGGCACAGGAGCUGAGGAAAUACUUCAGGAUGGGCGACCACGUGAAGGUGAUAGCCGGGCGCUUCGAGGGCGACACCGGGCUCAUCGUCAGGGUGGAGGAGAACUUCGUGAUCCUGUUCUCCGACCUGACCAUGCACGAGCUGAAGGUGCUGCCCCGGGAUCUGCAGCUCUGCUCUGAGACGGUCGGGGUGGAUGUGGGGGGGCAGCACGAGUGGGGGGAGCUGGUGCAGCUGGACCCCCAAACUGUGGGGGUCAUCGUGCGGCUGGAGCGGGAAACCUUCCAGGUGCUGAACAUGUACGGGAAGGUGGUGACGGUGCGGCACCAGGCUGUCACCAGGAAGAAGGACAAUCGCUUCGCCGUGGCGCUGGACUCGGAGCAGAACAACAUCCACGUCAAGGAUAUCGUCAAAGUCAUCGACGGCCCCCACUCCGGCGGUGAG